UCAAGUUUACGAGGACCUCAUUCGAUUUUUCUCUCUAUUCUCUCUUCUUACGACGUCGAUCAAUCGAGCGUUGUCGAUUUUCCUGUAGCACCGCUGAUAUCGGGGUUGGCAGGAUUAUGUUCAUUUCUAAAUUUUCUCGGCUAGGAGCUCAUGCAAUCAAGAAUCUGGUAAAAGCUCCAUCUUUUACUCCAAGGACAUCGUACCUGCCCGUGGUUCAUAAUCAUUUUUUGCGAACCCUGAGGCAAGAACCAUUUUGCACUGCAGUUGAGAAGAAUGCAGAUGAAGGCAGUGAAGAAAAGCAAAAAAUAUCAGUAACAUUUGUAGACAAGGAUGGAGAAGAGAAGCAUAUCAAGGUCCCUGUUGGCACGUCGAUGUUAGAAGCUGCACACGAGAAUGAUGUAGAGCUUGAAGGAGCAUGUGAAGGAUCACUUGCUUGUUCUACCUGUCAUGUUAUUGUGAUGGAUGUAGACUACUACAACAAACUAGAAGAUCCAACCGAUGAGGAGAAUGAUAUGUUAGAUCUUGCUUUUGGCCUCAGUGAGACGUCUCGUUUGGGUUGUCAAAUAAUAGCAAAACCUGAAAUAGAUGGAAUUCGGUUGGCACUUCCUGCUGCAACACGAAACUUUGCUGUCGAUGGAUAUAAGCCUAAACCUCAUUAGAUCAUUCUUCAUGCAAAAACAUGAAGAAAAGAUGCGCGUUUGAAUCAGUUUUGUAGUGUAUCCAGCAUAGAGAAUCGAGGGUUCUGAAUGCUUUUUUUAUGAUUUGUAUGAUUAUUAGUUUUAAAUUUUUGUUGGUCUACUUAAAUGUUCUUAUCCUAGCU